AUGUAUCGAAACAUUCAGGCGAAUGCCCUUGAACAAUAUCCGCUUCAUAUAGCCGUAGAUUCGGUUCGCGAUGGCGGUGUAGACGUUCUGACGGAACCAUUGAAUUGGUUGAUUCGUAAUGGACCUGGCAUUCAUGCGCCUGACGCUUAUGGACGUUUGCCGUUGCACUAUGCAUUCAUUGCGAUCGGAGAGGAAUGUGUUGAUGAAUCGGAGAAAAGUAUUGAUCCAGUAGCGGUGGUAUCUGUUUUGGAACAUGCGAUGGAAAGAGAUAAGUUGGAUUGGCCCGAUUUACGAGGAAACACUCCACUGCAUUAUGCGGCUCGUCGUGAUGCAAAUGUUUGUGCAGUGACCCUUCUGGGUCGAGGUUGUCAGCUGGAUCGACUGAACAAGAAACGCAAUACACCGCUCGGAAUCGCAGUCUUGUAUCGAAACGAAGCGUGUACCCUGACGUUGAUUCAAGCAAAAAGUGAUGUCGCCAUCCAGGUCACAUCUGAAAAUAAGCUCGACAAAGUUGACGACGAGCGAUGGGUAUGGAUACCGAAACGAAGUAAGCAUCAACUUCCAAUGGAAUGUUCGAGUUUGGUGAGUCUGGUGGUAAGAAAUGGCUGGCAAGCGAUCAUAUACGUGAUUCUGAAUAUACUCGGUAAAAACGAACGAACAAUCGGAGAACUGCUGAGAGCUGCGCUCCAGUAUCGCACUUACAACCUAGCAUCCACUCUACUCACUGCUCUUUCCCAAAUAGUUAACGAAGGUGAGUGA